AUGGAGCCUCACCAGACACCUACAGGAUCUGGACUACGCGGACAACAUCUCUGCCUCUUAGCUCAUAGAUUCCCCGACAUCCAAGCCAAAUGCAGUGACCUCGAAACUCGGGCCAAAGCAGCUGGACUCUCCAUUAAUGCAUCAAAAACUAAAGCGAUGCGGAUCCGCCACUCCCACCAAAGUAAGAUCACCAUAUGCGGAAAAAUUGUCGAAUAUGUCGACAGCUCUGUAUACCUAGGCACCGUUAUAUCCGCAAACGGGGGAGUGGAAAAAGUCAUGGAGAACCGUCUAAGCAAAGCCAGAUCUGCUUUCGGGAGAUUGCAACGCAUAUGGAGAAACCAGCAGAUCAGCAGAAAAACAAAGCUGAGAAUCUUCAAUACGUGCAUGAAAUCCGUACUGCUAUACGUAUCGGAAACCUGGCUGACAUCGCAAAGAAAGAUAGUGAAGCUGCAAGCCUUCGUCAAUAAGUGCCUUAGGAUCAUAUGUGGUAUAUUCUGGCCAAAUAGAAUAACCAAUAAUGAUCUGUGGCGCUGCACAAACGAAGCACCAAUCCAGCAGCAGAUAAAGAGAAAAAAAUGGAAAUGGAUUGGUCACGCACUAAGGAAAGAUCGAGACAGCAUAGUUAGGAUGGCCUUGGAGUGGAAUCCGCAAGGAAGCAGAAGAGUGGGACGCCUCAAGCUAACCUGGCGCCGAUCAACAGUACGCGAACUCGCUGAGCAAUAA